GUAGUAAACCAAAAGGAAUACUUAAAAAACCAUCAGUUAAUUUUCAAUCAAAACAACCAAGAUUAACAUGGGAUGAAGAUAAUAUUCAAUUGACUGAAGGACAAAAAGAUUCUACAAUGAAAAUCACUGAACCAAAGACACCUUAUAUUCAUUACAAUCAAGAAACCGAUGAAAUAAUGACAGAUCUCGAAAGUUUAGGUUUAGCAUUAGGAGGAGGGGGAAGAAGGUCGUCAUCUAACAGUAUUUCACCUGAUGGGUCACUCUUUUCCACGUCUCCCUCAUCUGCGCAUUUCCCAGAUUCAAUUAAAGGUGAAUGGGAUUCUGAUACAGAGGAAGAUGAAGAAGUUGCACGUUUUCUAUCAUAUUUGGGUAAAUCACUUGAGCCAUAUUCAACCCAGAAUAAAUUAUUAUCAUUUCUAACAACACCAACAUCAACUUGUGAUAAAACAGCAAUUCUUCAUUUACCAAAUGAUCUUAAACAAGUUUGUCCAGUUUUUAAAUUUGCCGUCACAACUGAUAAUAAGUAUAGAGAUGAUGGAGAUGUAGCUACAAAUGAUGACAAUUUCAAUAAUUUAGAGAAUAUACAAGUGCUUGUCAAUCUAAAGAUAGAGCUAAAUUAUGUUGAUCCAUUAAAAGAGUAUUUGGUUGUGAUAUUGGACAAGGAAAAUGGAGAAAUUUUGGAAAUUUUCACUGACAAAGGAGAGGAUGAUCGUAAUAUUGAACCAACAUUUGAAGAUGUGAUGGUUUCAUGGAUGGCGGUUAUGAUUUGGUGUGGUCAGAUUGUAGUCAGGAGUUUGUUAACGUUCAGAAAGCCUAUUAAUAGAUACAGAUUAUCUCAUAAAAUUUAUAAGUUAAUUAAGCAACGUUAA